CAGACCUGGAGUGAACAUGCUCCGGGGACUGAUUUUAACGGGGUGCUGCGUGCAAGAUCACGGGGGUCCCCAUCUUAAGAUGUCUUAGCGCCGUAGUACCCCUUUAAGGUCUCUAUUUAUGGGCCUGGUCUGGGGUCUGUAUUUAUUUCGGGUCUGGGUUCAGAAUUUAAGGGUGUAGACUGGGGCCUGUGUUCAUUUUGAGGGUCUGGAUUUAUUCAGGAGUUUGGUUUCUGCAUAUUUUCGGUAGUGUAGUCUGGGGUAUAAAUUUAAGGGCUUUAGUCUGGAGUCUGUAUUUAUUUAUAAGGUCUGGUUUAGGGUCUGUAUUUUUUUUUUUUGUUUUUGUUUAAGAGGUCUGACUUGGGGCCUGUGUUUUUAGGAGUCUUAGUUCUGUAUUUAUUUGAAAAGGUCCGUAUUCAUUUUGGGAAAUGAUGUGGGGGGAUCGUAUGUGACACUCAUGAUUUAAGUGCCAUAGUGGGUCCUAUAUAAAUGAAGAUGUUCCCUGAAUGUAUUGCUCCUCUAAGAUUUUGUCAGGUUAUGCUGCAUAAGAAACCCCAUAAGUUUUUCGCAGGACAAUUCCACUCUACAGAUCAUAUUAUCCUGCAACAAAAUAGUCACAGUUAGUAAAAGUGCAAGAAUACGACUAAUUCUUGACUUGAAGGAUUCUUGCAGCCGCCCCCAACCUGCCGUUCAUCUGCUAUACCUAGAAUGAUGCUGCAGAAUCUGGGCAGGCGAGCCCUAUUAAUUGAUGGGAGGGGCCCUACUAGAAAGACUGGAUAAAUAAAGGCAGCGCAGUGUGGAUAGCAGCUAUACAUUGCAGAACACUGGGAUACAAUACACCAUGGCACUCAAGCCUGACUCCUACGUUGUGCUGAACGAUGGGCAUAAGAUGCCGGUGAUCGGAUUUGGCACCUAUGCCCCGGAAACGUACACCAAAGAACAGGCGGGGGAGAGCACCAAGGUGGCCAUUGAGGUCGGAUUUCGUCACAUCGACUGCGCCUUCAUCUAUGGGAAUGAGGUCCAGGUUGGCCAAGCCAUCAGAUCAAAGAUCUCCGAUGGGACGGUGAAGAGAGAAGACAUUUUUUACACCGGAAAGCUUUGGAGUACUAACCAGAGUCCGGAGAGGGUCCGGCCGGCCCUGGAACACUCCCUGAAGGAUCUCCAGCUGGAUUACAUGGACCUCUUCAUUAUACAUUCACCCGUGGAGUUUCAGCCCGGAGAUAAUCCCAUGCCGAAGGAUGAAAAUGGGAAGCUGAUCUUUCAUAACACAGAUAUCCGGGAUACAUGGAAGGCUAUGGAAGCGUGCAAAGACGCCGGGCUGGUCCGAUCCAUUGGCGUCUCCAAUUUUAACCGCCGUCAAUUGGAACUGAUCCUCAACAUGCCAGGACUGAAAUACAAACCAGUCUGCAACCAGGUAGAAUGUCACAUAUUCCUCAACCAAAGUAAAUUACUGGCGUUCUGUAAGUCUAAUGAUAUUGUGCUGGUGGGAUACAGUGUACUGGGGUCCAGCAGAGUAGAGGGCUGGAUUGACCAGAAUUUCCCUAAAGUGCUUGACGAUCCCAUCUUAAAUACAAUUGCUAAGAAGGUGAACCGCUCCCCGGCCCAGGUGGCCAUGCGAUAUCUGCUACAGAAGGGAGUUGUUGUUCUAGCAAAAAGCUUCACCCCCGAGAGGAUCAAACAGAACUUCCAGAUUUUCGACUUUGUAUUAAGUGAUGAGGAUAUUAAAACUCUUGAUGGAGUCAAUAAAAACAUGCGAUAUCUGAACACCGAUAGCUGGAAAGACCACCCUAAGUAUCCCUUUCAUGAUGAGUAUUAGGACCAUUGGGCAGUCACCCUGAAUUCCAAAUCUGGACUUUAAGGAUUAUAGAGUCUAUGAUAUGUAGUGUCUGUAGAGAUCUCCCAGGGAAUAUGGAUUGGAUUUAGCAUGACAGAGCACUCUUAGAGCAAAUUCACAGUAAACCCCCGGUGGAUUCCUCAGCAAAAACUGUGAUUUCUAUGCUAAAAGUAUAAUGUUCUUUUGUACAUUGCAA